AUGAUGGAGGUCGAAGACCCCUACAACAUUGGAGGAUUCAGCAGCUCAGACGAUGACCAAAACGAGAGGUACUUCAGUUAAUCACAGCUUUUGCGACUAAUACGCGAAAUUAUAUUACCGCCGCCCGGUUGAAAAUUUGUUUGACACAAACACUUGAGUGAUUUCUUGUUUCCUGAAAUUUCACAGACGGCCAUCUAACAACGUCGAUUAUACCUGUGGAUUUAUCGAUCAUUUAAUUUGGUUGGUCGCGUUCUAUGGCUUGCUUAUAUGCCGGUUAACCUUUUAUAAACCCAUUUUAUUGCGAAAGCAUGCAGAAAGAAUGUUCAAUCUACGUUGUAUUGACGUAAAAUCAAAACCACGCGUACUGAGGCGUCAAUUUCCAAGUUGAGUAGGGGGAUAGGAAUGAUAAGGAUGUUUAUAACUUAGGCAGCUGUUACUGACAUCUCUUUUCUUUGGCCCACGGGUGGAAAAUGCAGAGUUGACACAUUUUGUGAGUGCUUUCCAUUUGCCCAACAGUGUCAUGUUCGCACGGUGGCCACUUGUUAUAGACCCCAAUAAUAAUAAUAAUAAUAGUAAUGAAAAAAUAAAAAAACUGAGAAAAACUGAUAAAAGACCCUGCACCUGUGCCAUACAUACAAAUCUUACAAAAUGUUUUAAUUAAUGUUUCAUAUUUCAUGUUUUUUUUUUCUCACAUAGAGUGAACAUUCCAUUUAUUGGAAUACGAUGAUUUAUCUUGUCUUUCCUGUGAACACUCUCCCUUGCCCAUACCUGAGGCAUAUAACGCCUGCUUCAGCCCAUACUAAUAACAUUACUAAUCAUUAACAUUAUUAUUUAUUAUUAUUAUUAUUAUUAUUAUUUUCAUUAUUAUCAUUAUCAUCAUCAAAAUGAUCAUUGCCAUCAUCAAGAUGACCCUAAGUUGAUUUAAGAAAACAAAAGUCACACCCCUUUCUUUCAACUCCCUUGUUAUGAAUUAUCCUCCUUUGAAUAAGCACCAGAACUCCGCACAUGUUUACGUGCAUCUAAAGUCACAUGUUCCUUUAAAAUUUAUGUCAUGGGUCCUUAUUCUACGUGCUCCUCAGUCUAUAAAUCCAGAAACUGACAUGAAUAGAAUCUCACAUAAAAAUAUUAGACAAAAAUAAUAACCACAUGGGGAUGAUGGGAGAGCAGAAAGGGUGGUCCUCCUUCCUCUUCGCCUCCCAUCGCCUUGCAUGCUCCUUUCCCCCCCCCCAGCCUCCUAGUGACGCAGAUGUGGGAGGAGAGAGGAACACGGCACUCGGCGGUGUUGAUUGAAACUUUUUUGGAUGGCCCCCUUAUACAUGUAUAAUUGUACCUUCAGUUACACUGGCAGAAAUGUUUGAUAGCCCUCCUAAAAUCUAACCUGAAAAACCCAUGCCCCGCCCCAAAAGAAAAAAUCGCGAUUAUGAACCCUGCCUUAAUGUAAUUUUUGAUUGUGUUGAUGUUUUACUAAACCUUGUGAUCCUUGGUUGGUGAUUUUAAACUUAUGUUAUUUUCAUUCUCUUUUGGACUAUAAUCCUUAAGUUCUGAGGAUGAACUUGGAAUGGAAGAUUUAUUAAAACAUCAAAAACAACAGUCACACUCUAGCAGUGAAGAUGAGUUUGAAAAAGAAAUGGAGAUGGAGAUGGAAAAUGUGAUGAAGGCCUAUGAAGAUAAACAUGGUAAGUUUUAAUAAAGAACGUGUCUUUGGCUGUGGCUUCCAUUUACCAGGAAAUUCUGGAUGGGAUGCACAUGGUACACAUGUUUUUCUACACUUAGAAACAGACAUUCAGAACCGAACGUCAGAAAAAUUUGCCAAGUAUGCGACAAUAUUUUAUCUUUUUAUAUCAGAUCUCGGAUUUCAGAUUUUAUGAUUCUUUUACUGCGAAACUCACAAAACGACAAACACCAGAAAUACCAGGAAAGUUAUUUUGUUUUGAGGAAAAAGCCAAAAGGGUGUGAGCAAAGUAAACUGCAAACAGCAAUGCAACAGUUAUUAGUUUGUGGUUUUGAGGUUUGCUUGUAGGUCGUUAACUCAGUCUUGUAAUAAUUACUUAUUGUAAUAAUUAUUAUUGGUCAUCAAUUUAGGUGCUCAUGGUUUUCUGAGUUUGAUGUAAUUUAUUGUAAUGUUCCAGUAUAGUUGAUGGUUUUCAUCAUAAUUACAUGUUAGGUCAGAAGACACUUAUGAUUAAGUCUGGCUUCCAGUUGACUCUUUCUUCAAUAAUAAGAAAUAGUAGAAAAAAUAUUGUUUCUUAUCAUAAGGAACACCACACAUUUUUUUAAAUAAUUAAAAUUAGCCAAUUAAAAAUUAACUGCCAUUAAAAUUUGAACAGUAAGAUUUUUUUUACAAGAAAUGUGGAGCAAAUUAUCACUAAAAAUAGAUACAAGUAUAAGACAAGCAGUUGCUAUUCAAGAAAAAGUAAACUGUAAAUUUGGAGCUAAGAACUAAAAUAUAAUUGUGACAGUGUAAACAUCUCUAACGAUGGUAUGAAGAACUAAUUUAAACAUAUUUUCAAGGAAGAUUAGUUUCCUGGGAAUUGUAACUGGACAUCUGCCCAGUUGAAUUCACUCAAAACUUGAGUCUGUCUUUUGAAAAGAUACAGUACUUGCCAGUUUGGCUCCACUUUGGCUAGGAUGUUAUUUUAUCCAAAAGUAAUUUUUGAAAAUUUCGUGGUGAUUUUUGUUAAUGCACAAGUUUUUUUUUUUAAUUUUAGUUUUAAAAGUAACACCUCAUUCCUUUGACACUGGUCUUAUGGCUGACUGAUCUCCAAUUUAAGCUAUUAACUGGCAAUCAAAUAAUAAAAGCAUUUCUUGGUGGCUGCUCUCCAUAUGGUUUUUUUUUGUGAUACUGAUGAGAAGUUUUUAAAAUCAUUUCUCAUUUUUGAAAUGGGUCAAAAUUUAAUUCAGGUUUCAGUGGUUUAGACCUAGUUUGAUCCACAGCUUCCUUUUUCAUGAAGCCUAAUUGCUAAUGAUAAGUUGUUGCUAAAAAGCCCCCCAGUAAGGGGCCAACUGACAUGAAAACUAGUCAAUGUAAGAGUUGUUUUGAUCAGCACUUCUACAGCUUGUUUCAAAGUGCUUUUACUGAUUCCAGUUACCACCCCGCUUGGAUAUAAAACCCUUCCUUUAUAAGCUCUUCUAAAAUGUUAACUCCUUAAUUUAUUACGAAGAUGCAUAAACCCAGAGCUUAUACGAGGCAGUUUAUGGUUUUCCUGGUGGUGAUAAUAUUACGUAGGGGUAAAGAGUUCCCAUAUUCCUGUGAAUGAAGGAACCAACCCAAGGCUUUAGUAGACAAAAAAUUGUGGGUUUUUUAUGAAAUUGUCCACCCAUUAAGCCAUAACCUUUGCUCAUUGUGUCUGCUUUACUGCUGGAGAAGAAUCAUGGGAAAUGUCUGUAUGAUACUUAACAAGGGCAUUUAAAUUUGAAUAAACUUUUUACUAGGUGAUAAUGCAGAACAGAAGACCAACCUGCACGCUGAAAAUCCUCAAAAUGAUGCCAGUGCAAAAGCUGACGGCAAUGGAACAACUGAAGAAACAAAUGAUGUCUAUUCAGAAGAUUACUUUAGCUCAGGCUCAGAUGAUGAGCAUUUAGUUGGUGGGCAAGGAUCAAAGUCUAAAGAACGGAGGAAACUGUUAACAAAUGAUGAACUUUUGUAUGACCCAGACAUGGAUGAUGAGGAUGAAAAGUGGGUGAUAAAACAGAGACGUGACCACAGACAAAAAGGUACCACGUCACAACCUGUUGCUCCUAACCCUCUUUAUUUCACACUUGUAACCUUUAGUUGUCCUGAUUAUUUUAUCAUUACUCCAUGUAAAAGCCUCUCUUAUGCUGUUUAAGGGGGGUAUAACAACUGGUAGAAAUUUCAUUAUUUAUAAUAAUUAUCUGUCAGUCAACUUGACUGUGGAAAACUGAGUUUGAGUCAAAUAAUGUGAUGGUUAACACUUCAAAUUAUUGGAUGAUGUUCAAGUAUUAUUUCUGUAUACAUGUUUUUGACUAAACUGGAUAUUGACAGCAAAACCAGCGAAGAAAACUUUAAGACAUCGCAACAUUCACUCUACUGUUCUACCAAGCAGAAGACAAUGGCACCAACAAACUAUUUGAAGCCAUUUCGGAUUGUCAAAAUAAAUUUUUCGAUGGUCAAGGAUGAUGUACAUAGGAUAUAUCUGCUUGUAACUUCUCAACAUGUCUAUCUCACAGGUCAAAAUUAAAUUCAGGUUAAAUUUUUAACCUAGGUUGAUUCUCAAUUUUCUUUGUCUCCUUGCAUAAUUGAAUUAGGGCAAGGAGACAGAAAAUUGAGAAUCAAACUGGGUUAAAAAAUUUAACCUGAAUUUAAUUUUGACCUGUAACAUCUUCAUCAACCUGGACCAGAAAUUUCCUCUGUUUUCCCAAUUUGAAAUUAGAAAGAUAUGCCUACUCACUGAAGGCCUUCGAAACCAGGCUGUCAAGCCACUCUCCAUGGAGCAUUGCAAAGAAAAUUCUAUGCGAAUUAUGAGAGGAAUUGGUAUUACUAGCUGAUAUGAGAAAUUAUUAAUAUGUAUUCACAUUUAAAUUAGAAAGAUAUGCCUACUCACUGAAGGCCUUCAAAACCAGGCUGUCAAGCCACUUUCCGUGGAGCAUUACAAAGAAAAAUUCUAUGUGAAUUAUGAGAGGAAUUGGUAUCACUAGGUGAUGUGAGAAAUUAUUAAUAUGUAUUCACAUUUAAAUUAGAAAGAUAUGCCUACUCACUGAAGGCCUUCAAAACCAGGCUGUCAAGCCACUCUCCAUGGAGCAUUACAAAGAAAAAUUCUAUGUGAAUUAUGAGAGGAAUUGAUAUCACUAGGUGAUAUGAGAAAUUAUUAAUAUGUAUUCACAUUUAAAUUAGAAAGAUAUGCCUACUCACUGAAGGCCUUCAAAACCAGGCUGUCAAGCCACUCUCCAUGGAGCAUUACAAAGAAAAAUUCAAUGUGAAUUAUGAGAGGAAUUGGCAUCACCAGGUGAUAUGAGAAAUUAUUAAUAUAUAUUCACAUUAAUUCAUUGAUAAUUUUUUUACAGUGUGUGAGCGAACAAAGAACAGUGCAAGUACCCAUGAAAAUCAAGGGACAAGUCCGGCAAAUAAAAAGAAAGCCAGAACAUCAAAACAGGAAGUGGAGAAAGUCCCAUCUAGUGAUGCUAUAUUGUCUUGUCCAGCCUGCAUGACAACACUGUGUAUUGAUUGCCAGAGGUUAGUUCUGAACAAAUGAUUCUGGCCUUUGAUGAGUGAGGAUAAAAUUCUGUCAAGUGACGUGACCUUGAAACAGCAAUAUAAGACUAGAUAAAAGUGGUGGCAAACAACAAAAAGGUUAAAUUCUGACAGGGACAUGGCUUUUUAAACUCCUCAAAAUGCAUAGACCAUAUUUGGAAUUCAGACUAGGGACAUAUGUACCCUCCCCCCUCCCCCUCUAAGAGGGCCUCUUUGACUUCCUUACAUGAAAAUGCUCAAAUUAGUACCCGGGUGCCUAUUUGAUUUCCUGAGUUGAAAGGAGCCCGGGGACUCCCCAUAUGAAACAGACGGGGAUGCUCGUCGUCUCGCUUUAGGGGUGUAAAUUUUGGGUUUUGGUCUCACUUAGGGUGUUCCGGCAAAGCGCCAAUAUUUUAAGCUGCCAAGGUCUCACUUAGGGUUCCGCGAAGAACUUGAGAUUUAUGACAAUGCUUUUAAAAACUACUUUUAGAUAAAAGCAUUCGGUGAUUAUGUGUUUAUAUCAUUAAAACUCAUUGCAUGUCGUAUUUGUGUGUUUUUAAGCGGUCUCUCUUAGGGGUCAAAAUUUGCUGAAGCCACGCCCAGAUUGGUCUCCUUUAGGGGUCACAAAAAGCUUGAGCCACGCCCAGAUGGUCUCCUUUAGGGGUUAAAUUCAAAAUUUCCGACGAGCAUCCCCGUCUGUUUCAUAUGGGAGUCCCCCCCGGGGAAAGGAGGCACUUCUUUCAAGGUAUAUGCUCAUUUUAAGGGCACUUGUCUAGUUCUUUAGAAUUUUAGCCUCAUUGUGUUAGUGUCUUUUUAUUAAGUGAACAAAAUUAUAACAUUAAACAGGGCAACUAAGACAAUCCUUUUGACAUAUUUUACUGUGUAGCACAAAAUUUUUGCGGGUUCUAAUUUUUGCGAUUUUUCCAGCAAUCCGCAAAAAUAAGUUCCCACAAACAAAAAUUACCGCAAACAUUUUUCCACCAAAAAUUUACUCCAGAGUAAAUUCUCUAACUUUGAUUUGCGACACAAAAGUACAGUACUAAGAAAUUGUGUCUGUUCAAUCACAACUAGUCUCUUUCAUUCGGAAACAAAGUGGCAUACAAUGAAAUACUGGUUUAUUGUUUGAAAAUAUGUAUUUCUAUUGCACGUACUCAUUAAAAACGAAAAUAUUAUCAAUGCAGGGUACUGGGUACUUUCUGAAAAUCACAAUAUUUGAUUACCAGCGAGAAAAAACCAUCUGUCCUAAUCACAAAAAUUUAGUUCCCAGAAAACACAAAAAAUCGCCAAUCCGAAAAAAUAAACUCCCGCAAAAAUUUCGUGCCACACGGUAUUUUGUCAGUAUGUUGCCUUCAACUGGUCAUUCUCUGGUGAUUGGCCGUACGUACUAUAAUUAUACCCUACAUUGAGGUCCUGUUAGGGUACAAUUCUGACAAGUGACGUGGCUGUGAAACAGCAACAUAAGACUAGAUAAAAAUAUUAUGGUGACAAAUGACAUAGAGAUGGGUUAAGUACAGAGAGGGCCAUGGCCUACUCCACAAAAUGUGAAACAACUGUACAGUGGAACCCCGUUAAUACGGUCAUCAAUGGGCCAAAAAAAUUUGGCAGUAAUAAUGAGGUGACUGUAUUAACAAGGGCUUUUUUACAAGGAAAUGUAUGGUCGUUUUGCCGGUUGGCCAAAAAAAAGUGGCGGUAAUAAUGAGGAGACUGUAUUACUGAGGUGGCUGUAAGCCGGGGUACCACUGUAUUUGAAAUUCAGCCUAGGGACAUAUGUAUCCCCCCCAACAGGACGUCUAUAUUUAGUAAGGUGUGGUGGGAUUGAAGUUUCUAAUAACAAGGGAAUACAAUUAUUAGCCUAAAGAGGGGCCCCAAGUUUUAUUUGAAGGGAUACUUAUUUAAAGCUGGGCGUUAGUAUUGUUGUCUAAUAACCCAGGAUUGAAUGCAUAAGUACAUAUUCAACUGGCUUUGUUUGUCAUUUCUGCUUAUUCUAUAGGUGUGAUAUGAUAGAAGUGAACUGUUAUUCUUAAGGACACUAAUAGUAAUGGCUAUCAAUAAGAGUUGUGCGCCUCAUAAGGUUUCCCUUAGCAUGGAUUCUCUAUUAUUAUUAUUAUUAUCAUAAUUUAUGUCAGUUGAUUUGUUUGCCCCCUUUUUAUUGCAGGCAUGAGAUUUACAAAAACCAGUACAGAGCAAUGUUUGUUAUGAACUGCAAAGUUGUAGAGGAUGAAGUUUUACGAUAUGAGCCUCCCCAGAAACGUAACUCAGGAAAAAAGAGAAAGAAGGGACAGAAAGGAAAAUUAGUACAUGAAAUGGACAAUGAUAGCAAUUUGACUACAAUUGCUGGUGCAGCGUCAACGGAUCGUUACCAUCCUGUCACUUGCACAGAAUGUAGCUCAGAAGUUGCCGUUUAUGACACCGAUGAAGUGUACCAUUUUUUCAAUGUGCUAGCAAGCCAUGCUUGA